AACAAUUAAUUUUUGCAUUCGGGGAUCAACAAUCUAAAAUGGAGUUACGGCGCAAAUUCGAGGAUCGUAAGUGGCAGCCCGGUGAAAAAUUCGCAGCAUACUUCGAAAUAAAAAUGAUGCUGGCCAAUGCGAUUGCCAUCGAACCAGAUGAGCUGAUUGAACAUAUCAUCGAAGGGAUACCAGACAUCAACCUGCGCGAUCAGGCGCACAUACAGCGAUUUUCCAGCCCAGUGCAGAUUCUUUGCGCUUUCGCCAACGUACACAUUCGAGGACGGACAGCAGCACCCAAGCAGAGGGCGCCAUCAACAGGAAAUGCAGUUCGCAGAGCUGGAGUACGUUGCACAAACUGCAACUCAAUCGGACACAACGCACAGGAAUGCCGAAAGCCAAAAAGGGAGCCAGGAUCAUGCUACGCGUGCGGCAAAUUUGGACACUUUGUGGCACAAUGCCAGGAUAAGAACGAACUGCGGGGCAACAACUAUCAUGCCUUAUAGACUCAGGUAGUCCCAUAUCUUUCAUAAAAAAAACACUCAUGCCCAAAGAGGCAAACUUACAAACUGUAAC